AUGGGCUUAAGCAAAAUUCUUGGCUCCAACGACAAUAUUGUCAACAAGAAUGGUUCCAGUAACACUGGAGGAAGUAAAAAGUCUUCGUUCUUCUCGUUGAACUCAAAAAGGAAUACAGAUGCCGCGGGCAUAGUGCCUGAUUUCACAAGUAUCAAAGCUCCACGGACCAUAUACAAGAAUGCGAACUUUUCAAUAUCUGGGAAAUAUGAAAUUAUUCAGGUAUUGGGGAAAGGAUCAUAUGGUGUUGUCUGUUCUGCCAAACACAAGUUAGAUAAUGAAGACCAAGAACAGUUUACAGUAGCCAUCAAGAAGAUUACAAACAUAUUCUACCGAAAAAUUCUGCUGAAGCGCGCUAUAAGAGAGAUAAAAUUCAUGAAUUAUUUCAAGGGUCAUAAACAUAUUGUAAAUCUUAUUGACAUAGAGAUUGUCCAGGACAAACCAUAUGAUGGCUUGUACUGCUACCAAGAAUUGAUAGAUUAUGACCUCGCGAGAGUUAUUCACUCUUCAGUUCAGCUUUCAGAGUUUCACAUUCAACAUUUCAUAUAUCAAAUACUUUGUGGUGUGAAAUACAUCCAUAGCGCGGAUGUUAUUCAUAGAGAUUUGAAACCAGGUAAUAUAUUAUGCACUGUGAAUGGCUGCUUAAAGAUAUGUGAUUUUGGUUUGGCAAGAGGUGUUGCAAAACAGUUUGUCAACAAAAACUCAAAGCCCAACGAAAUCACAAAUUAUGUAGCAACAAGAUGGUAUAGAGCCCCUGAACUAAUUUUAUCUAACAACGAAUACACUAAAUCUGUUGAUAUGUGGUCUGUUGGUUGUAUACUUGCAGAAUUUUACGGAAGAAGGCCUAUAUUUAUGGGGAAGGAUUCCAUACAUCAAGUAUAUGAAAUUAAAAAAAUAUUAGGAACUCCUUCUAGAUCCUUGCUGGUCAAAUAUGGGACACUGAAGGCAUGGAAUUUAUUCGGUCAUAACAGUAAUCAUAAUCUUGAUAACCUAAAAAGCGGAAUGCCUUGGUCGACUGUGUACCCCAUGGCCUCAGCCACUGCACUGGAUCUCAUUGAUAAAUUAUUACAAUGGGAACCAGAAAGCAGAUUGAAUGUUCUACAGUCUCUUGAACACCAGUUUGUUCAAUCAGUCCGAAAGCCCAAUGAUGAACCUAUUUGCUCAAAAGGACCAUUUAAUUUCUCAUAUGAAUAUAACUUGAACUCUAUGGACGAUCUAAGACAAUGCUUAAACGAAGAAGUAGCGCAAUUUUACAUAGAGAGGCAGCUUGGCGAAGAGUACUCUAAAUAUAUAGAAGAGUAA